GGAAACUCCCAGUCGACCACGUCGCUCAGUCUGUGCUUAACGCCUGACAAUGUUACCGUGGCUCCUUCUCUUGCCACUCCCGGCCCUAGCAUCGGUAGACAAAACCUUAGGCGUUGCGCCCUCUCUCCUAUCCAAGUACUCGACCCCAAAAUCUGGCGUCUGGAAAUGCCUGGACGGCUCAAAGGAGAUCCCUUGGGAGUUUGUCAAUGACGACUCUUGCGACUGUGCGGAUGGCAGUGACGAGCCAGGGACGGGUGCGUGCCCAAACAGCACAUUCUACUGCCAGAAUGCAGGGCACAUUGGCCAAAGUAUCCCUUCAUCCAGAGUCAACGACGGACUCUGCGAACCGCAAUGCUGCGACGGCUCUGACGAACGACCUGGUGUCUGCAAGAACGCGUGCGCCGAAAUUGGAGAGGAGUACCGGAAGAAGCGAGAUGCGGAGCAGAAAAUACAGAAGACUGGUGCAAAAAUACGUGCAUCCUAUAUUGCUUUUGCACAGAAGGAGAAGAAGCGCUUGGAAUCUCUUCUGGAAUCCUCCACUGCGGCGAUCGCCGACAAGCAGAAGGAAGUUGACCGCUUGCGAGACGUCGCUGAACGUACCGAGUCUGUGUCUGCCGCUGCUCUGGAGCACAAACAACAAUCCCCGCUCUACCAGUCUCUUCUGGACCAUGCCUCUGCCUUGAAAUCUCUCCAGCGUGAACACAAGAAACAUCUCGAGCGCGAAAAGUCUCUUGGCGAAAUCCUCUCCGCCCUGCGCAAAGGUUACAACCCGAACUACCAGGAUAUGGCGGUGCUCGAAGCUGUCCGCGGAUGGGAAUACUUCGCAGGACUGCCUCACAUCGGUGUGGAAGAAGAUGCUCAGAAAGCUGCGGACCUAUCCGUCUCCGACGAGGAGGCUGGCAUUGACUCCGAAGGCAAGACUGAAGACGAGAUCCCGGAUGACCAAUGGACGGCCGAGGAAUUGGAGACUGGGCUGGACGACCUUCUUGACUCGGACUACGUGUCUUUGCUCAUGGAACACGACGAACACGUCCAGAGCCCGCCGGCAGCUGCAGUCUUCAAUAUGCGCUCCUACUUGCCCGAGUCCCUGAUUCCGCAGUACGAGUCAUUCAGAGAGAGCAUCUUGUCCUGGUUGGGAGUUGUUGGAAUCUCAGCCUCGGAUGCCGAGUCUUCAUCCGACACUUCCCAAGCCCGCAAGGCUCUGAUGGAGGCUGAAACUGCGCUGAGCGAUGCCCAAAAAGCAGCCAAGGACGCUGAGCUUGACCUCGACGAACUCUUCAAUCCUGAGGGCUACGGACCCGAAGGUGCCUGGAAAAAGCUCGACGGCCAAUGCCUCGAUCUGAACACUGGAGAAUACACUUACGAAGUUUGCUUAUUCGACCAAGCAAGGCAGAAACCUAACCACGGCGGAUCCACGUUUACCCUUGGCAAAUUUUCGUCGUGGAAUCCUGACGUGGAACCGGGUCAUCCUGACUACUACACUAAGCAGGUCUAUAAUCACGGUACAAGAUGUUGGAAUGGACCGGAGCGCAGCGUCAUUUUGGUCCUGAAAUGUGGCACAGAGAACACGAUCCACACAGUCCAAGAGCUGGAGAAGUGCGAGUAUCAGUUCACGGGCACAUCGCCGGCACUUUGUCUCCCAUUGGACGCGAGCGAUUCCAGUCGGGAUGAGCUGUAG